AAGUUGUUGAAGCAGCUUGCUCUGCAGAGUUGCGCUGGCGUGCAUACUAAUAGGUGGACAGAGGCGGCUGGUGCUGGCGUUCCUUGGCAAUUGCAGGUACUUCGGGUGUGCCAUCAUGUAUCUGAACAGACUUACGGGGGACCUCAUCCCAGUGUCCCCAGAGAGCAGCCGCAAGUCAGAGGACUCCGGGUCAGCGCGGCAUUCGGAAGACUCGGUCGGCACGGGGAGUCGGUUCUCAGGUCUCUCUAUGGAUGAGAGGAGGUUUUCGGUGGACAGAAUGGCGGAGAAGAAGAAAGAUGUGUUGGCGGACUCUGCGCAAUUGCCGAUGGAGUCUCUGAACCUGCAAACCACCCGGCAGGAACCUAGUGCACCAAUCGGUAGUCCCCCCUCUUGGCAAAGUGACAAGGAGCCCCGUGCUCCGAGGGCCGCUUUCAAACCUCAAGACUUCAAGAUUGGAAAGCUUCUGGGGCUUGGCUCUUACUCAAAAGUGGCUCAAGCAACACUCAUUGCUACUGGUCAGGAGUACGCCCUGAAAGUCAUGGAUAAAGGACACAUAAUCAGGGAGAGGAAGAUUCUCCAAACAAAGCGGGAACGAAACAUCUUGGACCGACUGGGGCACCCUGGGGUCGUCCGCCUGUGCUUCACAUUCCAAGACCAGCAGUCAUUGUACAUGGGCCUGGAGCUGUGCCCCGGGGGAGAGUUGUUUGACCAGAUCAAAAGGCGCGGCAAGCUGCCCCUCGAAAGCGCGCGCUUCUACGCAGCUGAGGUGGUGGACUGUCUGGAGCACAUCCACAGUGAAGGAGUCAUUCACAGAGACCUCAAGCCCGAGAAUCUGCUCUUCACAGCGGACGGCCACCUGAAGCUGGGCGACUUCGGCAGUGCAAUCUUUGUAGAUGAGGGAGCCUACAUCACAGCCCCAGGCGACGAGAGGAAGGGCUCGUUUGUGGGGACUGCCGAGUACGUUUCUCCUGAGAUGCUCAACAGCAAGCACGUCGCUGCCAGUACCGACUACUGGGCCCUAGGUUGCCUUAUCUUCCAAAUGCUCACGGGCGUGUCGACCUUCAAGGCCGCAAGCGAGUACCUGUGCUUUCAGCGCAUCUUGCAACGGGACAUUGUUUGGCCGCCCGACAUGCCGAACGCAGCAAUGGACUUGAUUGACGGCUUGCUGGACAUGAACCCCAAGACGCGCUUGGGCUCCGAUCCCGCCCGCCUGGCGGCCCUCAAGGCCCACCCCUUCUUCGCGGGCGUUGACUGGAGCAACGUCCGGGGACACCGUGCGCCGCCGUUGCUGCCAGCACCCGCGUUGGAAGAAGAGGACGAUGAUGGAGAGAAGGCUUUCAAGUCUGCAACUGGAAGAGGUUGGCAACGGACGACAGGUGGGACGAUUUCAACUGAACGGCCCGUGCCCGUUCUCAGCGCUCCGGCCGGCGCCUUUCGAAGACUAGUUCUGCUUGAUCCGCAUCCACAUCGGAACUUCCAAAUCAGAAACGCUAUCGCUGACGAUGGGGACUGGGACUGCGCGCACAUGGGAGGCACUCUAGAGAGCUUCAAAUUACCGACCGCUCAGUCGAUGUUGCCGCCAGAGACGUCAGAGUCUAGUCGUGACGACCUGGAAAUCUGGGAGCGGUUCCUGCUGCCAGGCGAGAGGAUUGCGUUCACGACGCUCGUGAAAAAGCACAAAGGAUUUUCCUCCAAGAAGCGUCAGUUGCUGCUGACCAACACCCCGCGCCUGCUGUACAUGGACCCCGUCAAAAUGGUGUUAAUGGGCACCAUUCCCUGGACGUCCGAACUGAGCGUCCGAGUGGAGAGCCCGUGCAACUUCAAUAUCUGGACGCCUGGACGUACUUACGUCCUCCAAGAUCUACAUGGGCUGGCGUGGCAGUGGAAGGCAGAGAUUGAGGCCUUGCAAUGA